AUGCGAGUUGAAAUUGAUGGAAAUAUUAAUUAUAUUCCCGACGCCCUAUCUCGUUAUCCCAUUUCGGACCCCAACGAGGACGAUGAUCUUGAUCCAAGGGCCUCGAAUCUCCAAGUAGCGGCGAUCAGGGCUAAAGAGACAGACCUUAUUCUGGAUAAUCUUUCGGCCCACGCGCGAUCAUCUUCAGAGUACCAGGCGUUGAAGUCAUUGGUCGAGAGCAACUCCAAACCCAAGGUCAGAACUGGAUAUCUCUCUCUUUUCAAAAAGAUCGCGGACGAAUUGUCUGUGGAAGGCGAUUUAGUAUUGCGAGGCUCACGUAUUGUUGUCCCGCCUCCUGCAAUCAAAGAGGUUUUAUCCUUAUUGCAUGCUAGUCACCAAGGGAUAGAGAGAACGAAGAGACGGGCCAGACAAAUCGUGUACUGGCCUGGAUUUUCAUCCGAUAUUACAAAUAUGGUCGAAAAUUGUCAUGAAUGUGCCUACUUCAGACCAUCAAACCCGGCAGAACCCAUGAUGUCCAAUGAUCGUCCUUCUCGUCCUUUUGAAAUGGUUUCUGCCGACUUUUUUACCUAUGGGGGGAAAGAUUAUCUUGUCUAUUCAGAUCGUUUUUCUGGGUUUCCUCUCGUGGCCAGAUUUAGUUCUUCCCCCUGCGCUUCGUCUUUGAUCCAGGAACUUCGCACUUUUUUCACGACCAUGGGUGUGCCCAACGUCUUCCGGUCAGAUAAUGGCACGCCCUUCGCUUCAUCAUUAACUCAAGAUUUUUUCAGCCAUUGGGGUGUAGAAUGGAGACCCUCCUCGCCUCAUAACCCCCAGUCGAAUGGCCAUGCCGAAUCCAAUGUGAAGAACGUCAAAUACCUCCUCGCCAAGUCCGGAGGGGAAUGGGGAUCCAAUGCUUUCAUGUCCGGUCUUUUGGAAUUGCGGAACACACCACGCUCAGACGGACUCUCACCAGCCCAACGUUUAUUCGGUCGUCCUCUCAGGUCUAAGUUACCAAUUCAUUGGAAAGCGUUUAUGCCUGAGUUUCAGAUCUCGUCGGAUGAGGCCGAUACUAAACGAUUCCGGGAUGACGCACUUCGAAAAGCGUAUUAUGAUCGGAGUACACGUGCCAGGAAGAAGAUUCCAUUGGGUCAGCGCGUCCUCAUCCAAGAUCCGAUCACACGACGAUGGGAAAGAGAAGGAGUAGUGGUCGACAACAAGACGCCGAGACGGUACAAGCUUCGAUUGCCAUCAGGCAGAGUGUUGGUACGAAACCAGAGAUUUCUCCGUCGUGGACUCGUUCAUGACGUUCAUGACCUCAUCGAUGAUGAAGAGCCAGCUGACGAGCCUGACGCACUUCCUCCAAGACCAAUUCGUGAUCGACGUCAGAUUGUUCGCUUUCAAGCAUGA